GGACAAACGUUAGAGAAGGUUUUGUCUCUCCUCAAAGUCAGACCGGAAUAGCUGGAUACGGCUCAAUCUCAUUUUUACUUAAUUUUACUCAUGUCCCAUGAGAGAAUAGUACCUUUCUCGGAUAAACGGCCAUUAUCACCAAUGGGGUAGGGAACCCCCAAUAUGUAAGGAUUGGAUUCGGAUGAGAGAGAGAAAGGGAGAUCGGAAUUAGGCAGAAAUUGAUAAUCAUCCCACGAACAGUAGCGAAAACAAUGGCGAGUACCGUAAUCGUGGAAUUAGGUCGAAACAAUAAGAAGUAUGCAAGCGUGGUGGAGGAUAUAGUGAAAAUAGAGAAGAAACUUUUCCCAAAGCAUGAAUCACUUGCUACUGUCUUUGAUGAAGAACUCAAAAAGAAGAACUGCGGAUUACUUUACUCUCAUGUUAACGGUGAAGUCUCUGGUUAUGUUAUGUAUCAAUGGCCUUCUUCCUUGUAUGCUUCCAUUACUAAACUUGCAGUGAAGGACAAUUUUAGGAGACAAGGUCAUGGAGAAGCAUUACUAAAAGCAGCAAUUCAGAAAUGCAGAACCAGACACAUUCAACGUGUUCAACUUCAUGUUGAUCCCUCCAGAACUGCUGCUUUAGCUCUCUACCAAAAACUAGGUUUCAAAAUCGAUAGAUUGAUUGAAGGAUACUACUCCAUGACUCGAGAUGCUUAUGUCAUGUACGUGGAGUUUACUGACUGAUGCUUGAGCAAAGCACAGGGAAGAGCUCCAUUCGUCUUCUCUAUGUAUGUUUUAGGUUAAAUCUCAUUUUUGUUCUUGGACAUCGAACUUGCUUGUAUUUGAACACCAUUGAUAUUUGGAAUUCUUGAUGCUCAUUGCAGCUGA